AUGAGCAGAACUGCAUCAAGAUAAUAGAGCAGAGCUUCAAUUAUGCAACCUUAAGGGCAAACAACGACCCAAUAGAUCUAAUAAGCGGUUUCUACAAGUGCUUCAAAACCUUUACCUUCAGCACCCGUUUCUAAUGAAAGAAAAUGGCUCGGUAAGAAUCCAGAAGUGGUGUGCUUUUUACUUGCUUUGGAGAAUGAUAGAUUAGUGAGAGAGAACAAUGAUUUGGUUAAAUAUAUUAAUGAAUUAAAACAAAGUAGUGGAGGCACAAUUGAUUAAUUCAAUCAAUUAAAGAAAUAAUAUGAAGAAGCAUUAUAAUAGAUAAAUAAAUAUAAGUAAUAGUAAAAUUCUAAUAUAGAAUUGAUAUUGAUGAAUUAAAUAAGAGGAUACGUUCAUUGGAGUAAGAAUUGGCUGAUGCUAAAGGUAAAUAUGGACAAGUGGAUUAAACAUUACCUUAGAAAUUAGCAGAUGCUGAAAGGAAAUGGAAAGAGUUUGAGAGUUUAUAUAAUAACUUAAAAUUGAAAUAUGAUACAGAUAUAAGGGAUUGGUAGUUAAAGUAUGAUGAAUUGAAUAGAAAAUCAUUGGAUUGGGAAAGAAGAUAUGGUAUCUUAGAAUAAUAGAUGAGACAAAUGCAAGAUGAUCAUGAAUUAGAAUUAAGAUCUAGUGGUGAUUCAGCUAAAUAAUAUGAAGAUUAAUUAAAGGAAUGGGAAUUGAAAUAAAAUGAAUGGGAUAAUAAAUAAAAGGCAUUAAGAGCAGAAUAAGAUAGAUUAAAUCAAUUAUUAAAAAAUAAAGAUGAUGAAUAUGAAAGAUUGAAAGCUUAAUUAUUAGCUGCCCAAAAAGAAUUAGAUGAAUAUAAAAUUAAAUUAAGGGAAAGUGAUUAAGCAUCUGGAUCUAAAUUUACAGAAUAUGAAAGUAAGAUAGCAGAAUUGAGAUUAUAAAAUUAAUAAUUGAAUUAAGAUUUAGAGAGAUUGAAGAAGAGAUAUUAAGAUUUAGAAGAUUAAUUAAAUAGAUUAUAAUCAUAAAAUUAGAGUUAGGAUUCUAAAGUUAGUGAAUUAUAAUCUAAAUGUGGAAAUUUAGAGAAUGAAGUUGAGAAACUUAAUAAUGAAUUAAGAGAUAAAGAAUAGGAGAUAACAAAAUUAUAAGGAAAAUAAAUGUAAUUGGAAUAAAGAAAUAAAGAAUUAACUGAUGAAAAUAAUUUAUUAAGAAAAAAGGUUGCUGAUUAAAAAGCUGAGAUUGAAAGAUUAGAAUUAGAAUUAAGAUAAAAAAUAAGUGAAAUAGAAUAUUAUAAUUUGAAUUUAGUAAAUUAAGAUGAAAGAAAUAAAUAAUUAUUAAAUUAAGUAGAUGAUCUUUAAUUUUAAUUAUAAGAUUUUAAAACAAAUUAUUAAUAAUUAGAAGAAGAUUAUAAUAGAUUAUAAAAGAAAAAUGAAGAUUUAGAGAAUAAAUGUGCUUUAUUUUCAGCUGAAAUUGAUAGAAUGAAGAAUAUUAUAAAAUUAAAGAAUUAAGAUUUAGAAAAAUUAAGAAGAUAAAUAGGAUCACUUGAAAUUGAAAAGAAAUUCUUUGAAUAAUAAAUUGAAGAUUUAUUAAAUAAAAUGAAAUAAAUGUAAGAUGAAAUAGUGAAACUUAAUGAAUUAUUAAAAGAAAGACUUAAAUAAUUAUAAUAAUAAAAUAAUACAAUUAUAUCCUUAAAUCAUUAAUUAGGUGAAAUGAAAGCAUUAUAAACAUAUUGUGAUUAAUAAGAUAAGAGAAUUAAUGAAACUACUAAUAAACUUAAUGAAGCUUUAUUAUAAUUAUAAUUUAAAGAUAUUGAAUUAAUGAAUAUAUCAGCAUUAUAGGCUUCAAUUUAAGAGAGAGAAAAAUAAGCUGAAUUAUUGAAUAAUGAAAUUGUUAGAUUGUAAAAUGAUAUAAUUAAUAAAUUAAAAGAAUCAGAUGAUUAAAAAGAAUAAAUUAAAAAAUUAAAUGAUGAAAUUGCAAGAUUAAAAACUUAAGAAUAAAAUUUACAUGAUAUUGAAAGAAAAUUAUAAAAUGCUGUUGAAGAAAUUAAUAGAUUAGAAUCUUAAAAAUCUGAUUUAGAAAAUUAGGUUACUGUUAAUAGAUAAUCAUCACCAAAACAUACAAUCACAAAAGAAAUACGUAUUGAAAAAACAUCUGUUUAAGUUGAUACUACAGAAAUUGAUAAACUUAAAUAAGAUUUAAGAUAAAAAUAAUUUGAAUUAGAUUAAUUGAACAAUUAAUUAUUAAUAUCUUAAAAUGCAUUAAAAUCUGCAGAAGAUUAUAUUGCUGUUUUAUUAAAUAGAAUUAAUAUUUUAAAUAAAGAAAAUGAAGAUAUGCUCUAAGGAAAAUAAUAAUUAGAAAUUUAAGUUUAAGAUACUAGAACACUUCAAGAUAAACUUUAAAAUUUAGAAAAAGGAUUAACUUAAUUUAGAAAUGAUAAUGAAAGAAUUUUAAGAGAAUUCAAAGAAAAAAGCAAAUUAUAUGAUGAUGCAAGAUAAAAAAUUAGUAAAUUAGAAGCUUAAGCUACUGAAGCUAGAGAAUUAUAAGCUAAAUUAAGAGAAAUUGAAAAUAAAUUAGUAUUUGCUUAAACCAAUUAAGAAAGAUUAACUGCAUAAUUAGCUGAAAAAACAGAAGAAAAUAAUAAUUUAAAAUAGAAUCUCUAAAUUGCUAAUAAUGAAAUAACUAAAUUAAGUGAAUAACUUCAAUAAUUAUCAGAAUAGUAAUUUAUUUAUCUUAUAAAUUAUCUAGAGAACGUUUAUUGAAAGAAUAAGUUAAUCAUUUAUUACAUGAUAAAGAUGCUUUAGAUACUUUAAAGAGAUAACAUGAAGUUCUUAUUGCUGACAUUUAAAAGUCUAAUUAGAAUAUUGAUCAAUUGUAAUUUAUAUAUAUAUAUUUCCCUUUAGAAGUAUAGAAAGAGAUACUUUAGAUAAUUAACUUAAAUAGAACUAAUAAGAACUUGAGAAAUUAAGAAUAUUAUAAGAGAAGGUAUUAUUUUUUAAUAUAAUUAUUUUAGGUUAGAUUCUUAGGUGGAGAAUGCAAUAAAUUAAAUGAUAAAUUGGGUAGAGCUGAAAAUGAAUUAGAUAAUUUUAGAAAGAGAGGAUAAGAGAAUUCUGAUCUUAAUAAAUAGUAAUUAAAUUUAAAUAAUAUUAUUUAGAAUAAUAGAUAAAAACGGAUAGAUAGAGAGAUUAAAUAGAGAAUUAGAAAAUCUAAGAAAAUAAUUAGAUGGUAAUUAUUGA